UCCAACAGCCAUCGAGGGUGCAAGCGUGAGUUGUGAGCAAGCUCGCAGCGAGUUUGAACUGUGCGGUCAAAAUGUGGGGGCUACGCAUCGCACCCAUUUGUGCAACGUUAAUCUUCGUUAGUUUGGCCCAAGAGCUUAUCGUUAUUGGACCAAACUACUUUACCUCCAAUCGAACCUACGCUGUGACAAUUUUCAAUAUGAAGAACAAAGUAGUCACUUUAGAGGCAAGUAUAGACAUUGGAGCCGUCACCCUCGCCAAACCGAAACAUGUGAAUGUGAAAUCAAACGGACUUGAAAAGGUGCUAUUCCAGAUACCAGAUAUUCACUCAGCGAGAAGUGGAAGACUAACAAUCAAAGGCGUGAACAACAUUGCCUAUCGUCAAGUAGUGGAGCUGGCUUAUCGUAAAAAGUCCUACUCCGGUUUGAUACAACUCAGCAAGCCCGUCUACAAACCAGGAGAUAGCGUUCAGUUCCGUGUGAUUGUGCUCGAUCCCGAUCUUAAACCACCAUCAGGCCUCAAGAUCACUGCGACCGUGGAGGACUCGGUCGGAAACAACAUUCGCAAAUGGUCCAAUGCGCCACUGUACAACGGAGUGUUUGAAGGCCAAUUGGACAUAGCUCCAUCGCCUCUUCUGGGAAGGUACAACAUCGUAGUCGAAGAAAAUAACGAAGAAUUGGUUUCCAAGACGUUCGAAGUGAAGGAGUACGUACUGUCCACGUUCGGUGUGGACGUUUAUCCAACUGUCAUUCCCCUCGAAGAGCACCACGCGCUUGAUCUUAUAAUAGAGGCCAACUACUACUUCGGCAAACCUGUUAUCGGUACUGCUAUGAUAGAUCUGUACAUCGAUAACGACAAACCUCUAUUGGAAUCGCAAUUUAAAACGACAAUUAUAAACGGAAAGCUGCAGGUACACCUUCCCUUUGCCGAACAUCUCCAUAUUGAAGAUGAUGAAGCUAAGCGAGAUGUGAAUGUGAUGGUCACAUUUACUGAGCAAAUCACAAAUCGAACGGUUGUCCAGGAGUAUCCGAUUCCGGUGUACAAACACAAAUACCGGGUGAAACUGGAGAAAAAGUUCAUGCCUAAUUCAUACCCUCAACAUAAACUAAAGGUCGAGCAUCAUAAUGGUACACCAGCAGAAGGAGUCAAUUUGCUGAUUGAGGACGGGAAUGUGUCCCCGCGAAGUUUUCAAAAACACAUUCUCGACGGGACGAGUGAUCAGGCGGGCAUGAUCAGUCUGCCUUUACUUCAAACGUCACAAAUGAUACGAGUUUUACAUGCUGACAAAGAGAUGUUGAACACCGAAGUCCAAAAGGGCGAAAAAAGUGUUGGCCCAUACAUCAGCGUUGCAUUGGGUCCUGGACUUCCAAGCAAAGUUAAGCUCCUAGUCAAAUGUUCUAAUAAAAUGAAGUUUUUCACAUACUACGUUCUAUCGAAAGGAAACAUUGUUGAUGCAAAAUAUGUUUCUGGAAAUGGAAAGACCACGAGAAAUUAUACCAUCAGUGAGCCGACUCACAGCAUGCUUCCUCGAGCGAAAAUUAUUGUGGUGACGGUGAUAAAUGGCACAAUGUUGCACGACUCAGUGCAGAUCGAGUUUGGCGAGCUUGCCAACAAAUUCGACCUGACGAUAAAGGAUAAUGAAACGCAAGUGAAACCCGGCAGUGAAAUAGAGCUUGUGCUUAAUGGCCUACCUGAAGCAUACGUGGCUCUCGCAUCGUACGACAAUAGCUUGCUCCAACACGGCAAAUACCAUGAUGUCGUUCGCGAAGAUGUUUGGAAACUACUUGAAGGGUCCCAUCGCAAUGACUUGCAGAAUUUGGACUGUUUUGGCAGAAUGGGAUUAUUUAGCGUUCCACAAAGCAAUAACGCGAUUUGUGAAGCAAAUGAUAAAUCUGCCCGCCAAGACGAUAGUUUCAAUUUAUUCGAAGCAAACAUACAGUUUAAAUGGAGGACUGACUUCAGGGAAAAUUGGCUGUGGAAGCACGAACGAAUACAUUCAUCAGGGGAAACUGAGCUGUAUGCAACUGUACCGCACACUAUAACAUCCUGGUACCUGACCGGUUUCUCCAUCGACCCUAUUCAUGGUUUUGGAAUCAUCAACAAACCCCUACAGUUCACCACCGUGCAGCCGUUCUACAUUGUCGACAGCCUGCCGUACUCUGUCAAGCGUGGUGAAGCGGUUCUGUUGCAGUUUACUUUAUUCAGCUCACUCAACGGGAAAUACACUUGUGAUGUGACGUUACAUAACGUACACAAUCAAAUGGAAUUCAUCGGCCAUUCUCGAAACGGCACCCACUACGUAAAGCCUUUACCUGUUGCUCCAAGCGUCGGUGUACCGGUGUCAUUUCUGGUGAAGCCAAAAACAUUAGGGGAAAUGAUUGUUCGUGUUACAGCGAUGGCAACAUUGGGUCUGGGUCACGACGCGAUCGAAAAAGUCAUUCGAGUGUUACCGGAAAGCGUAGAACAAAUUGACGUGAAAACAGAGCUUAUCGCAUCUAAUGUCUCCGGAAAACAAUCCUUCGAAAUACCAUUGGAUAUUCCCAACGAAGCUGAUCCUGGAUCAGAGCGAAUCGAGUUUUCUAUUGCUCCCAACAUAUUCACAUUCGUGAUACCAAACCUGAAAAAUCUGUUGAGUGUUCCGACUGGAUGUGGGGAACAAAACAUGGUCCGCUUUGUACCCAAUGUCGUAGUUCUCGACUUUUUGUAUGCCACUCAAUCAAAUACAACUUCUGUCACAGAACGGGUCGAGGAACUACUGCGAACAGGUUACCAGAACCAACUGAAGUACCGGAAAGCUGAUGGUUCCUUCGCAGUGUGGCCCAACAGUCAAUCAAGCGUAUUUCUAACAGCCUUCGUGGGAAAAUCCUUCCAUAUUGCAUCGAAAUACAUCACAGUGGAUGAAAAACACACAUUACAAGCCUUCGAUUGGUUGGCCACCAAACAGCAACCGGAUGGUCGAUUCGCCGAAGUAGGAUAUAUCAUUCAUAAGGAUAUGCAAGGGGGACUAAGAGACGGAAUUGCUUUGACGUCCUACGUUAUGACUGCGUUUCUGGAAUACAAAUCGCAAUCCGCUAACCAUACUGCGGUGAUCGAAAAGGGUAUGGCAUACAUUGCAACACACAUUGACAGCAUUACUGACUCGUAUGAUCUGUCGAUCGCCACAUAUGCGCUAUGGUUGAACAAUCAUAUCAAGAAAUCCGUCGCCUUGGAUAAACUUAAAAGCAGUUCCACCUUUAAAAGUAACGGAAAUCUACGAUACUGGCAACGGGACACAUCCCAAAUCGAAACCACCGCUUAUGCUCUAUUAUCACUGGUCGAGGCCCAGGAAUACACAACAGCACUAGCCACAGCGCAUUGGCUCUUCAAUCAAACCUAUGAAACGGGAAGCUUUCCGCGAACUCAGGAUACGUUCGUGGGCCUCAAGGCACUUGGGAUGUUCAGUAAACGGGGCAGCCAGACCGGAAAUGCAUUCGUGAUUAAUCUUCAGACCGAUGGAAUCAAGAAAACGAUUAGUAUAGUACCUUCACUUAAUACAUCUUACAGUGAUAUUUCAAAUAGUGUACGGAAGCUAAAAAUUGACGUUACCAGUAAAGAUUCUGGACUUUUAAGAGUGACUUACAAGUACCUUUUGAAUUUGAUCGACAUUAAUCACCGGUUCAAUAUAACAGUAGAGAAACAACUCGUGGCCUCCCAGUCCGCGAUGAUGUUAGAAAUCUGCAGCAACUUUUUACCGGAAAAUCCAGGCGAACGUUCAAACAUGGCCCUGGUGGAGGUGACUUUUCCUAGUGGCUAUGUAGCAGACACCGAAUCCAAUAGUGAACUCAAGCGUGCUCAGCGAAUUCAGAACGUUGAAUAUCUACAUGGCGGAACUAUGGUUGUGGUGUACUACAACAACAUGGGCGACGAGCUUAAUUGCUUCUGGAUCAAGGCGUACAUGCGUUACAAGGUAGCCCUCAGAAGACCGGCUUACGUGAAGGUGCACGAUUAUUACAACCCCAAACAUAAUGCUAUUCACGUUUACGAUAUACACAAAACGGAGAUUUGUGACAUCUGUCCUAAAGGGGAUUGUCUAUGUUAGUGAUCCUGUGAUGACAAAUAGAUGUUUAAUCCUUUGAGCUCUUAAUCGCCGUUACCGUGUGGUACGAGCAGAACGGAGAUUUGCUAAAUUGAAUCGGUCAAGGGACACGCAACACCUCCUCGGAAAUAACCGAAGGCCAGAGUUUGUUGCUCCAUGGUGGUAGAAAUUAAUUUAAAAAACAAUCCCGACGAUUUAUUUCGAUAAAAUAAAUAAUCUUUGUCAUAGUCAU